AUGGAGCGGGCUGGCGAGAUCCGCCUGGAGGCCACAGCGGCAGCCACGGCCCACAAUGCAUCUAGACCUACAGCUCACUGUGGGAGAGACCUACAGCUCACUGUGGGAGAGACCUACAGCUCACUGUGGGAGAGACCUACAGCUCACUGUGGGAGAGACCUACAGCCCACUGUGGGAGAAACCUACAGCUCACUGUGGGAGAGACCUACAGCUCACUGUGGGAGAGACCUACAGCUCACUGUGGGAGAGACCUACAGCCCACUGUGGGAGAAACCUACAGCUCACUGUGGGAGAGACCUACAGCUCACUGUGGGAGAGACCUACAGCCCACUGUGGGAGAAACCUACAGCUCACUGUGGGAGAGACCUACAGCUCACUGUGGGAGAGACCUACAGCUCACUGUGGGAGAGACCUACAGCUCACUGUGGGAGAGACCUACAGCUCACUGUGGGAGAGACCUACAGCUCACUGUGGGAGAGACCUACAGCCCACUGUGGGAGAAACCUACAGCUCACUGUGGGAGAGACCUACAGCUCACUGUGGGAGAGACCUACAGCCCACUGUGGGAGAAACCUACAGCUCACUGUGGGAGAGACCUACAGCUCACUGUGGGAGAGACCUACAGCCCACUGUGGGAGAAACCUACAGCUCACUGUGGGAGAAACCUACAGCUCACUGUGGGAGAGACCUACAGCUCACUGUGGGAGAGACCUACAGCUCACUGUGGGAGAAACCUACAGCUCACUGUGGGAGAGACCUACAGCUCACUGUGGGAGAGACCUACAGCUCACAGAGACCUACAGCUCACUGUGGGAGAGACCUACAGCUCACUGUGGGAGAGACCUACAGCUCACUGUGGGAGAGACCUACAGCUCACUGUGGGAGAGACCUACAGCUCACUGUGGGAGAGACCUACAGCUCACUGUGGGAGAGACCUACAGCUCACUGUGGGAGAGACCUACAGCUCACUGUGGGAGAGACCUACAGCUCACUGUGGGAGAGACCUACAGCUCACUGUGGGAGAAACCUACAGCUCACUGUGGGAGAGACCUACAGCUCACUGUGGGAGAGACCUACAGCCCACUGUGGGAGAAACCUACAGCCCACUGUGGGAGAAACCUACAGCUCACUGUGGGAGAAACCUACAGCUCACUGUGGGAGAGACCUACAGCUCACUGUGGGAGAGACCUACAGCUCACUGUGGGAGAGACCUACAGCCCACUGUGGGAGAGACCUACAGCUCACUGUGGGAGAAACCUACUGUGGGAGAGACCUACAGCUCACUGUGGUGAGAGACCUCCAGCUCACACUGUGGGAGAGACCUACACCAGUACAGCUCACUGUGGGAGAGAGACCUACAGCUCACUGUGGGAGAAACCUACAUCUACACUCUGGGAGAAACCUACCUCACUGUGGGCAGAUCUACAGCCAUCUGUGGGAGAGAUCUGUGGGAGAGACAUCUCACACCUGGGGAGAAACCUACAUCUCACUCACAGGACUGUGGGAAACCUACCUACAGCACCUACAGCUCACUGUGGGAGAAACCUACAGCUCACUGUGGGAGAGAGCUCACUGUGGGAGAGACCUACAGCUCACUGUGGGAGAAACCUACAGCUCACUGUGGGAGAAACCUAUAGCUCACUGUGGGAGAAACUUAUAGCUCACUGUGGGAGAGACCUACAGCUCACUGUGGGAGAGACCUACAGCUCACUGUGGGAGAAACCUACAGCUCACUGUGGGAGAGACCUACAGCUCACUGUGGGAGAGACCUACAGCUCACUGUGGGAGAGACCUACAGCUCACUGUGGGAGAGACCUACAGCUCACUGUGGGAGAGACCUACAGCUCCUACAGGGGGCGCCUGUGA